UUUGGCUAUAUAAACGUCUCCUCCUUUGGGCAAUGGAUGAAGAAAGAGAUACUUUUAAGUUUUGUUUAAGAAAGGUUUAAAAAUGGCUCAAAUUUGUAAUAUCUCAGAGGAGGUGAAGCUGAAUUGUUGUGGUGAUAAGUUCUAUGACUUUUUUUUAAACAAAAUGGAUUCUUAUAUUCACUUGUUCCCCCAAAAUCUUCAGAGCUAUAAGUUUGUGGAGGGAAAUGGAUUUACUCAUGGCAGUGUCACCCAUUGGAAAUAUGACUUUGGUAUCCCAGCAGAAGUAAAGACAAGGCUACUUGUGGAUGAACCUAACAAAGCAGUGAUAUUUGAAUGUGUUGAAGGAGAUCUAUUAAAAGACUUCGAAAUGUUCCAAGUGAAAGUUGAAGUUAGAGAUGGUGGUAAAAAUGGUGUUAGCUCAGUUAAAUGGUCAGUGGGAUUUAUGAAGGCAGAUGAAGAUGUUGCUCCACCACAUAACUAUCUCCAAUUUGGAGUUAAAGUGUGCAAAGGCCUUGAUGCUUACCUUUCCAAACAAAUAAUGAACUAAAAGAAGAGGGAAAAAACAAAAAGAGAAGAAAACACCAUAAACGUGUUUAUGCUUUUGUUUAAAUAAUAAAAAUCUAUAAAUAAAUUGGGCUCUCAUCUGUUACGUUUCCCAUUAUUUGUACUUUUAUCUCAAUUGUUAUGUGUAUUAUGUAAAAUGUUGAAGGUUGAUGAGAAGAUAUAAUUCAAUUUCAUCAAUAUUUUUCA